AUGGUGCUGUCUUCCUCCGACAAGAGCAACGUCAAGGCCGCCUGGGACAAGGUUGGCGGCAACGCUGGCGAUUAUGGCGCUGAGGCCCUGGAGAGGAUGUUCCUGAGCUUCCCCACCACCAAGACCUACUUCCCCCACUUCGACCUGUCCCACGGCUCUGCCCAGGUCAAAGGCCACGGCAAGAAGGUGGGCGACGCCCUGAGCAACGCCGUGGGCCACAUGGACGACCUGCCCGGCGCCCUGUCCGCCCUGAGCGACCUGCACGCCCACAAGCUGCGUGUGGACCCCGUCAACUUCAAGCUCCUGAGCCACUGCCUGCUGGUGACCCUGGCUUGCCACCACCCCGGCGACUUCACCCCCGCCGUGCACGCCUCCCUGGACAAGUUCCUGGCCACCGUGAGCACCGUGCUGGUCUCCAAGUACCGUUAA